UCCAGACCUAGACUGGAAAGUUCACUGACUUCUGGGAUCCUCAGCUAAUCCCUUACCUGGGCUGGACUUUGCCAAUAGACAGGGACACUCUCCCUCACCCCUCUUUAGACAGCUGGGAGGCAGAGCUCUGCCAGGAAAUACCAGGCCACUCCUGCCUGGAUUCCCCGCCCACCUCCACUUGUCUGCUGGCCUGCCGACUGAAUCUGGCUGACCCUUGUUUCUCGGAGAAGGAACUGGACCAGCCAGCAGCCUCUAAGAGCUCCUAGACGGUAAGGCCUUUGGCUUUGGCUGGCACAGGGGUGAAGGAGAGCCAGCAGCAUUGAGUGACCAGGCGAAUGUGCCCCCAGGAGAGUUCAUUCCAACCCUCCCAGUUCCUACUGCUGGUGGGGGUCCCAGUGGCAAGUGUCCUCCUUCUGGCCCAAUGCCUUCGAUGGCACUGCCCUAGAAGGCUGCUGGGGGCCUGCUGGACACUGAAUGGUCAAGAGGAACCAGUGUCCCAGCCUACCCCCCAACUAGAAAACGAGGUCUCAAGGCAGCAUCUGCCAGCCACACUGCCAGAGAUGGUUGCCUUCUACCAGGAGCUACACACACCCACUCAAGGCCAGACCAUGGUCCGCCAGUUGAUGCACAAACUGUUGGUGUUUUCGGCUCGAGAGGUGGAUCACCGCGGCGGUUGCCUGAUGCUCCAGGAUACAGGCAUCUCCUUGCUCAUCCCACCAGGUGCUGUGGCUGUGGGCCGCCAGGAGCGGGUGUCUUUGAUCCUGGUGUGGGACCUGUCGGACGCCCCAUCGCUGUCCCGAGCCCAGGGGCUGGUAAGCCCUGUGGUGGCAUGUGGCCCCCAUGGGGCCUCCUUCCUGAAGCCUUGCACUCUCACGUUCAAACACUGUGCCGAGCAGCCCAGCCAUGCUCGCACCUACAGCAGCAACACUACCCUGCUGGAUGCCAAGGUAUGGAGGCCCCUGGGGCGGCCGGGGGCCCACGCCUCCCGGGAUGAGUGUCGCAUCCACCUCUCCCACUUCAGCCUCUACACCUGUGUGCUGGAGGCACCUGUGGGGCGCGAAGCCCGCAAAUGGCUGCAGCUGGCCGUAUUCUGCUCGCCGCUGGUGCCAGGACAGUCCCAUCUGCAACUGCGUAUCUACUUCCUCAACAACACGCCCUGCGCCCUGCAGUGGGCACUGACCAACGAGCAGCCCCAUGGUGGGCGCCUGCGUGGGCCCUGCCAGCUCUUCGACUUCAAUGGGGCUAGGGGCGACCAGUGCCUGAAGCUCACGUACAUCUCAGAGGGUUGGGAGAAUGUGGAUGACAGCAGUUGCCAGCUGGUUCCCCAUCUCCACAUCUGGCAUGGAAAGUGCCCCUUCCGCUCCUUCUGCUUCCGGAGAAAAGCAGCCGAUGAGAAUGAGGACUGUUCAGCACUAACCAAUGAGAUCAUUGUCACCAUGCACACCUUCCAGGAUGGCUUGGAGACCAAGUAUAUGGAAAUCCUCAGAUUCCAGGCAUCAGAGGAGGAAUCCUGGGCAGCACCACCACCUGUUUCCCAGCCGCCCCCAUGCAAUAGGCUGCCCCCAGAGCUCUUUGAGCAGCUGCGGAUGUUGUUGGAGCCAAACAGCAUCACCGGCAAUGACUGGCGCAGACUGGCCUCCCACCUGGGGCUUUGCGGCAUGAAGAUCCGGUUCCUGUCCUGCCAGCGCAGCCCCGCAGCGGCCAUCCUGGAGUUGUUUGAGGAGCAGAACGGCAGCCUGCAGGAGCUGCACUACCUCAUGACCGUCAUGGAGCGGCUAGACUGCGCCUCCGCCAUCCAGAACUACCUGAGUGGGACACACGGCGGCAGCCCAGGCCCCGAGCGCGGGGGCGCCCGGGAUAACCAGGGCCUGGAGCUGGACGAGAAGCUCUGAGCGCCCAGCGGGCAGGGCCGGAGGAGGUGUGGGGGCGAGAGGGGUUGUUCUCCUACGCCUAAGAGGAACACAGCAGCUGUUCCUGGCUGUGCCCACCACCCUUCCCAGAACCCUCGGACGGUGCCAGGGCCGCCCGCGUCCUCGCCAGCCUCCCAGCAGCAGGCGCGCCCUUCCGGCCGCGAGCUGUCCCGCGUGCGGGUCCCCUCCUGGCCGGCAGAGGGCGCAGGAGCCCAGGAGAUGGCCUCAGCGUGGCCAGCCUGCCAAACUGACCAGGGGACGGCCACGGUCCCCGCGUGCACUUUAGGGCCGGUCAGGCCCUAAAGUAUUCACUGAGCACUUAGGAAGACCGGGCAUUGGGCUGGUGUCAUGAAGAAUACUGGAAUAUAGGAGCCCUUUCCCUGAUGAAGAGCUGCCUAAAUCACCUGCUGAAAAACACUGCGUUUGUGAUUUCUGCUCUUUCACAUGUUGCAGAGGCCCACGUCUACACUUCCUCCUGCUGGAUUUGGAGUCUGGGGAAAGGCGUUGGGGAAAUGAAAGGUGAAACCUGAAAGAAGGUUCUCUUCUGGGUCCCUAUGAAAAGGACACCUUGUGAAGCAGAGGAUAAAGCCCUCAAAAGGCUGCUGUAACAAAAUACCAUAGAUUGGGUGGCUUACAAGCAACAGAGAUUUAUUUCUCACAAUCUGGAGGCUGGGAAGUCCAAGAUCAAGGUGGCAGCAGAUUCAGUGUCUGCUUCUACCAGUGUCUCCUAUUGGACAAACCCAUCAAGAAGGAAGAAGGAACAGGAGUCCGUUGAUACAGUCCACAGAGUUGAAACCCCCAGUGUAGAGAGCAGACAGAGGGCGGAGGAGAGUGGAUCGGGGGCAAGUGGAAGUUGUCCAGUAUGAGUCUUGUUCUGUCACCCAGGCUGGAGUGCAGUGGUGUGAAUAUGGUUUACUGAGGCCUCAAUCUCCUGGGUUCAAGUUAUCUUCAUAUCUCAGCCUUCUGAGUAGCUGGGGCUACAGGUUUAACCAGAACAGCUGCAGGUGGGGCCAGGAAGGGCAAGAGUGGAUCCCAAGAUCCUCCAGGUUGACAUGUCACUCCUGAAAACAUUCUGCUUUAAACAGAAGCCACUUCGCUGCUCUGACAUGAAUUUCUAUAACCAAGACAUACUCUUCGACCUAGAGAGAUCAAGGCAUGAAAAAAUGGAACUUCUCAAGGAUGAGGAAACAGACAUUGAGAGGUAAAAUAACACGACUGAAUCUAUACACUACCUGAUGGCUGAGCCGGGACUUAUCCCCAGGUCCAGUGGCUUCUAGAGCACACGUGUGUUACUACCACCCAUUCUGCCCAACUUAUGCAAGCAGCAGAGAAAUAAUAUGCAGGUUUGCUUUCCAAGGAACCCAGAUGAAGAUAGAAUGACUCAAAGAGAAGAUGUAUAGAAGUACUUACAGCAUGUGGCACAUGGUCUCUGUGCCUGGGCACCAAGCAGACUGUGGUAUCAAUUACAGUGGACCCUGUGCAUCCCUCAGCCAUCCAGGCAGGUGCAGACACUCCUCAGGCUAGGGAUAGCCUCGGGAGACUGACUCAGCCAGAAGGUUGCCCUGGAGAAGACCAGGUAGUCCCUGUUGGCAUGCUCAGAGGACGUGUAGAUCUCUCAUGGAUGGUCAGGACAAUCACCAGUACCAGGAUAUCUGGAUCAGGUAAAAGAUAUUCCAAGAGGAGGUUCAGUUCAGAAGGCAAAUGGGGCAGCAAUCAGCACUGAGAUCCCUGUUCAUACACAAUGGGUAAGAGACCCAGGGACCUAAUUCAGCCCAAGGGAAUGGGUUCAGGUGGCAUCUGGGUGAGAAUCAGGGCCAGCGACCAUCAUCUGGGACUGAGAGGACAACUCAAUUCAGAGGCAGAAAUUCAGAUUUCUUGAGGGGCAAUCUAGCAUUUAUCUUUGAAUUAGCAUGAAUUCUUAUAGAAAUGCAGUGUUGCUUUAUAUGUAUAUAAUUUUGAGUUUACACAAAUAGUACAGUAUUAUGAACCUUGUUCUGUAUUUCACUUUUUAAAUCCUAGCACUGAUUUUUUAAAAACAUUUUCUUUCAGGUAUAUUUGUUUAUUUAUUUACUUAUGUAUAACUUUUAUACAGUAACAUGCAAAAUAUUAAGUGUGUAGCUCAAUGAAUUUUUAAUAACAGCUUUGUUGAGAUCUAAAAUCUCAAUCACUGAUCAUAAAAUUCACAGUUUUAAAGUUUCAGUAGUUUUUGGUAUAUUCACAGUUGUGCAAUCUUUACCACUGUCUAAUGCAGAAUAUCUUCAUCACCCCCAAAAUAAAUCCUGUACCCAUUAACAGUCACUUCCUGUUCUUCCCUGCUCCUCACCCGUGCACCCAUUAGUCUACUUUCUGUCUUAUGGAUUUGCCUCUGCCUCUGUGGAUGUUGGAUAUUUCAUAUAAGUAGAAUCAUAUAUGACCUUUCAUUUCUGGCUUCUUUUACUUAGUAUAAUGUUUUCAAGGUUCACCUAUGUCGUGGCAUGCAUAAGUACUUCAUUUCUUUUUACUGCUCAGUAAUAUUCCAUUGUAUGGAUAUACCACAUUUUGUUUAUCCAUUCUUCAGUUGAUGGACAUUUGGGUUGUCUCCACAUUUAAGGUAUUAUUGACAUGAAUAAUGCUGCUAUGAACAUUCAUGUAUAAGUUUUUGUGUGGACAUGUAUUUUCAAUUCUUUUGGGUGUAUACCUAUGAGUGGAAUUCCUGGAUCACAUGCUAAUUAUAUCUUUAACAUUUUGAGGAACUGCCAAACUGUUUUCCAAAAUGGUUGCACCAUUUUACAUUCUCACCAGGAAUAUAUGAGGGUUCCAAUUUCUCUACCUCCUUGCCAACACUUGUUAUUUUCUUUUUAAAUUAUAGCUAUCCUAGUGGGAGUGAAGUGGUAUCUCAUUGCACAUUUUUUUUUUGCAUUUUCUGAAUGACUAAUGAUGUUGAGUAUUGUUUCAUGUGCUUAUUUUAGUGACCAUUUGUAUAUCUUCUUUGAAUAAAUAUCUACUCAAGUGUUCAUUGAA